AUGCGUCGGCUGAUAGCAAAUUUAUUCGCAUUAUCACUUGUUCCCAUCGAUCAAAUUGGUCCGCUAUUUGCCGAUACGCAUGAUUUAGUCCCGGCUGAUAUGACUGCUAUACAGAAGAUGUUUGAUUACGUUUGUGAAACAUAUAUCGAAGGUAUAUAUAAUAAUAUACCUUUAAUAAUACUAAGGUGCACGGAAAGCAAACUGACAGUGAAAUUUAUUUUUGGCUUUAUUAUAUAUAUUCUGAUUCACCAGGUCAUGCUGAUCACGAAUAUCACCUUCCGAGCUCGAAAAAAUUGAAUCUUGAUGGAGAAAACCGCGAAAUACUGCGAUGAGGUCGAAAACGUUAAAAUCCGUUCUUUUUCAGAAAAAGCUCCACAAUUUUUUUCUCUUACGUUUUUAUUUACUUUUUUUAUUUUUUUCAG